CGAGCGCUCCUUCAAAUCUGAAGCACCAUUCAAACCCAUCUGGUAAGCGAGCGCGCGUGAUCAGCAGAACCAGUGAGCGGGUUUCGUGCAGUUAGUUAUUAAUUCUGCUUCGGGCCCCAUUUUCCACCGCCGUUCGUGUAGAAAAUUCAUAGGCUUCCAUCAGUGUGUUCCCCAAGCGACAAGAGUGCGGUGUAGUCCUGUUCGAAGAUUCAUCCACGAGGCGGUUGUUCAAGAUAGGUCAAACCAGCAGCAUGUCCAUGAACGAGGGUAUCGCGGUCGUUACGAAGGUAGUGUCCACCGGUGUGCGUCGGGCACCGGAACCGGCCGCAGUGCUAACGCGUGAAGAUUUCAACGCGGGUCCGAUAAGCUUGGACGAAAUCGAACCCGGGCUGUGGUUGGGCAAUGCAUCCGCUGCCGCAGACAUUGGCACGCUGGAGAAACACACCAUCCGGAGCAUCCUGUCGAUCGAUUCCGUGCCGCUGCCAGUGCACAUAACAGAUCAUCCAAAUCUUCGCGUGCGCCACAUACAGGCAGCCGAUGUACCGCGCGAAGACCUGAUACGACACUUCGAGGACAGCAAUCGCUUUAUCGCGGACAGUUUGGCAGAGGGUCGUCACGUGCUGGUGCAUUGUUACUUCGGCGUGAGCCGCAGUGCCACGAUUGUUAUCGCGUUCAUCAUGCAAAAGUAUCGGCUCGUCUAUGAGGCCGCAUACCAGCGUGUGAAGGCGAAACGGCGCUUCGUGAUGCCGAACCCGGGCUUUGUGAAUCAGCUCAAGCUGUACGGCCGUAUGGCGUACCGGAUCGAUCGGACCAACGAACGGUACAAACUGUUCCGUCUGCGCUUAGCCGGUGAUAACGUGCGGAAAGCGAAACGUUUGCCGACGGAGUGUAUGGACGUGGUAAAGGCCGAUCCCGGCGUGACACAGGAAUCGCCCGAACCGUACGUUUAUCGGUGCCGUAAGUGUCGCCGUGUGGUAGCUUCCCGGAGCAACUUGCUGCUGCACAAACCGAAAUCGGCCACGACGGCACAAUCGCCGGCCAAGGUUGGCCGGGAACCGGAAGCCACACUCGAGGAGGAAAGUGCGAGCGACGAACCCGAGGAUGGAGAUGGAAUUGUGGUCGAGCACGUAAUGCACGGUGCCAUGGCAACGGGAUCUGCGUGUACGGUCGCUUCUGUUGGUGGGAUGAAUGAGCUGGCAGAAAAAGUACGUCGCAGUUCGAUUAGCAGUGAGCAUAGCAACCGAUCGUCCGAGAAGGAUACACCGAUGUGCAACAAAAUAUUCUUCAUCGAGCCGCUUGCUUGGAUGACGGAUAUCUACCGAAAUACGCAGGGUCGGCUGUACUGCCCAAAGUGUACCGUGAAGUUGGGCAGUUUCAACUGGGUGAUGGCCACAAAGUGUCCGUGCGGGGCUGAAAUAUUUCCCGCAUUUUAUCUCGUUCCUUCAAAAACGGAAUAUUCGACCGUGGUGCAAAAUGUGCAGGUUACGGUGUAAUGGAUGGCCGCACCUUGCCAACAAUACCAAAGAAUAGACGAGCCAAAGGAUACGCUUCUUUCAGUAUUUAUUGUUACCAUUUAUGCAUUUGUACCGCAUGGUUUUGUUUUCUGUUUGUGCUGAAUUUUGCCCAGAAACUUAAAAUGAAAUUAGCGGCGAAACGAACAAACCCCUCAUCAGUACUUCCCACACACCACAUGACACCAGAAAGGAUUCUAAAUGAGCCGUGAGAAUGGCUUGGUGAAGAUGUAACAGAAGGAUAAUGAUACUUGAACACAGUGGCUGCUGGAAAACUCCCUUGUCAGCGCGGAUGGUACACCGGUGAUCGAUUGGAAAAAUGCUAAAAAUAGGUCAAUUGGCGUAUUUACCAACACAUCUCGGAAGUGGAUCAAUGGAAACUUGACGAUGAUGAUGAUGAUGAUGAUGAGUGAAAUGAAUGACAAUGACGUAGGAAACGUUGUCACCCAUCAAGUAGCAUAAAAUAUGGAUUCUGGGUUGCCAUGGUGCGACAGGAAGAUAGGAAAAAAAAAAUGGCGAACGUAGUGCAAUCGAUACUAGCUGACGAAACCGAACAUCAAUCGGAGUACUGAUGCAAAGCCGCAAAGUCUCAAUUACUAGCUAACAAACCGGAGAAUGGUCAGAAUUCAUUAUUCUUCGACGAGUUUCAUUAUGGGUUGCUGGCUUUCCUUCGCUUAUUAUGAAUUUCAGCAACGUGUUAUUGCUUACGCAAAAGUACAAAUAUGCGGAAACUAAAUAGUACACCCAGGAAUAUGUCAUAACAAUUCAAGCGUCUUCCUGUCGUACCGAUGAUCUCGGUUGAUGGUGGGAAGAGAUUUGUCAAAUGAGCUUCAGCAAAGAUUUAUAUUAGCAUCAAUUGCUCUACAUGAGUUUCAUGCAUCUUUGGAUAAUAAUCUAUCGUUAGUCUAACGCAGAUUCCUGCAGUAACGAACAACUAUAAAGAUACACGUGUAGCGCUCAUAUUUAAUCGUUAGUAGCAAAGAGAAAAAAAACAUGCGUAGCAUAAUAACCGAAAAAGCAUGAGGGAGAAGCAUUAAUUAAUCAAGAAAGUGUAUUGCUCGGCGCAAUUUAAUACAAUACAAUAAUCUAUACAAUUUGCUACAUUUAGCUUGCGGAAGAAUAGGACAGUCGUGUACGCAUGUAAUUUUCCUUCACUUAGAAUGCCCAAACGUAUUAAGUAUAGCCUCGGAAGUAGCUACUAGCUGCUCGUGCUGUUUGUUGUUGUUGCCGGGGGAAACACAAAGAUAACAUUAUUGUAGUCGGUUUCGGACAUACGGGUUUGGCGAAAUGAUUGGUUGCGUGCUUAACUGCCAAAACGAGAUAGUAGCUCGAAUUGUGUGUGUACUAUUUAACUUGAACAAACACUCUAGCAUCUCGGUUAGAACACAGUUUCGCAGUGAUAUGAUCACCGUUAAAGAAAAUCAAUACCAAGAAACAGUGAGAAGCACGCAUUUUUAUAAGUAAAGCUCAGUUAAAUCCUUUCCAAUUUGUUAAAGAUAAGCAACGGAAACGGCGUAUAAAAACGUUAUAAAAAGCAACUUUCUCUCGAUAAAAAUCACAUAUUUAGACAGUUUGCGAAAAGAAAACGAGAAAUGUUUAACCAGACAGGCGAACACACAGCAUAGUAGCAGCGAACAAAGAGGAAUAUACGGGUGAAACACACCACCACCAUGGAUGGGGACAGGAAGUAUACAAUGAUAUUUGAACCCUUUGGAAGGAAAUGAUCUGAAAGACCGGUCGGUCGGUGUGUGUAUCGUUUAACGUAGCCACACGAAGGGUAUGUCAUUUAAUAACCUAAGCAAAAACAAUGAUAAUCAAACAGUAGCUCGCCUACCUUGCGCGUACGCGUAUGGUUACAAGAAAGCAACUAUUAGUAUCUCUUUUUACAACCAUGUAUGCCAGUGAAUCCGUUUAGUGAGGCAUACAAACGCCUAGCGCUUAGCGGAAGGGGAAAACAAAUAUAUUAUACAAAAUAUACAUAACGUGGAAUCAAAAAGUCAAAUCUGUUUCAAUAAAUCAU